GUUCUUUCAAUGCCCUGUUGCAUGUGAACUUAAAUAAUUUUCAACUUUAACGUAAUUCCUUGGGAAAUCGAGCCAAGUUGAUUAUAUGUCUGGCUGUUUGGCUGUCUGUCUUCGAGGCGCCCUAGUGCUCUACAUGAAAAUUAUAUAGUUUUUUCGCAGACAAACUCUUUCGUAACCGUGCAAAUUGUGGCGCCCCAUAGUUGAUAUUUACAUGACAUAGACGACUUAAAUAAAUAGAGUCGAUACCCAUAUAUAUUCAUAUAUUUAAAAUGGAGCCAUCUCAAAAUUUCUGAUGUGUUUACUUUAAAAAUGAAUUACUGGGAAAAUGACUUCCUGGUCACAAGUUACUGGCAGAUGUCGAAGUUGGCGAGAUGUCGAUGUCGAUGGCGUUGGUCCAAGCGGAAAAUAAAAACGUGAAUCGUGGAAAGCGCAGAAGAAAUUUUAAAGCCAACUAUUUUUUGUGAUUUUUACGGUGGGAAACACAAGGCGCUGCGAGCAGUUGAAGUUGGAGUUGGCCGCAGGUCGUCCGCCAAAAACAAGUUGUUCGCUGAAGAUGAAGGUACAAGCCGCAAAAACAACAACAGCAAACACAAACAGACUCGAUGUGUGCGUGUGUGCGUGUUUGUUUUGAUGUUCGUUAGUGUCCAACCACGAAGAAGUUGCCGAUAAUGAUGUUUGGUUCGACGAAGCCGAUGAUGUGCGAGGGGCCGGUCGGGUCUGAAGACACUGAGCGGCGUAGUAUAAAGAGGGCCCGCCUGGCAUUUGCUUGGCAUUCAGUCGCUGGCUCCCCACUCGAAAGCAACUAAAUUUACCUUAUAAUUUAAUUUUACUUCUAUCCCCCACACACACACACACCACAAAACUCAUUUGCUAUGAACUCCUUCUCAGUGUUCUUAGUGUUUGCACUUGCUGCGCUGGCCGCUGCUGAGCCGCCAUCGGGCUACAAUUAUCCACGUGGAGGUGGCGGCGGAGGUGGUGGUUUCGGCGGCGGCUUUGGCGGCGGCUUCGGUGGCGGCUCCUCGUUCGGUGGUGGCGGCGGCGGUGGCGGCGGUGGAUUCCAGGCCGUCAGCGGUGGCUUCCAGACAUCCGAGGGACAGAAUGUUGAUCCACAGCUGCUGGAGCAGGUGCGUCAGAUUCUGUUGAACGAGGAGAGCAAAUUGGGCGGCGGUGGCGGCGGCGGCGGCGGCGGUGGUGGUGGCUACCCAAGUGGACCAUCCACUAGCUACGGACCUCCAUCGACCAGCUAUGGCGCGCCCGGCGGUGGCGGCGGCGGUCGUGUUGUUGGCAUCGAUCUUGAGGGCGUCCGACAGGCCAUCCAGGUGGCUCAGUUCGCACAGCAGAGCACGCAGGCUGGCGGCGGCGGCGGUGGCUAUCCCAGUGCCCCAUCUGGUUCAUAUGGUGCUCCAUCAAGGCCCAGCGGCAGCUACGGUGCGCCUUUCUAAGCUCAUUUCGCACUUAGAACAAAAUUUUUGCUGCCAAAAAUGAAGAACGACGGAAAGGACGACAUUAAUUGACUCAGCCGGACCUAACGACAUCAACAACAACAAAAACAACAACAAUAACAACAACAUUAACUGAAAUGAAAGCGGAAUUUAAGGAAGUAUGGGUUUAACAACAACCAAAACUUGGAACUUCGUGCGAGCCACACCCCAAGCCCCCCGCCCCCGAACGAAACAACAACUGAGCUAAAAACGUUGUUCGACACGUGAUGAGGCGUUUCAUUUAAUCAGCCUACAUCUUCCAAAACUAAAAUCCAAUUUCGAGCUACUCUCAAGCCCCAACUCCAUUAGAUCCCAGACUCAGUGACUGUAAUUACCUAUCUAAUCUCUUCUGUCUGCAACUCUAAAUGCAAUUUCGCCCCUCAACACUGGAGUUACGCCAAUUUUCGGCGGCGAAAUUCGUUUUUGUACAUAUUUUUUUCUCAACAAAAACCAACACACACACAAUCCCCAAAAACAAAACAAAACAAAACAAACAAAACAAAAAAACAGUGUUAUAACGCAUUAUUAGCUAGUAAGUGUUUUUAUUUUUAUGAAACAAACAAAGAAACAACAA